GAUGGCAUGUUAAAAUAAUGAUAUGGCUUAUACUUAAACAGUUAAAUAUGACAUGACAAUUACAUUUAAUACUUAUUUAUAUUUCUGGUAAACUUUUUAGAAUAUGGUAGUAAAUUAUAUAUUCAUUAAAAUAAAUCUAUUAAAAUAUGACAUUAAAUAAUAUAAUAAUGUUUUUGAAAUUUUGAAAUAUUACUUAGUUCUAUAUUUUAAAUAAUUAUACAAUUUAUUACUAAAAAGUUUUCAAAAUCUUUUACAAUUAAAAAAAAAUAUAAUUUUUAAUCGUAAUAUCAUUAGUUUAUUGGGAAAAUUGCCAAAAGAGAACAAAAAAAUCAGGUUGUUGUCUCUUUAGUAUAAAACUAAUUUUGUCUAGUUUUUCUCCUUUUUACCCUUUAUAUUUCUGAAAACUAAUGAAAUAAAUAAUUUUAUGAAUCAAAAAAAUUAUUAAAAAUAUAAACAAUUAAUAAAACAUCCAUAUACACAAGCUGGUAAUUUUCUUUUGCUCAAAAACUUGGUAAAUAAGAUUUUUAAAAUACGUUCUACUAAAAGUAGAAUGCGUCUUCUAUGAAAAAUGGUAUAGUAGAAAACGAUUUCUAAAAUAAACAUGUUCAUCUACUUCUUUUAGAACGUUCAUUUUACUAUUUACUAAAUUUCUAAAAAAGAGGAAUGCACAUUCUACUAAUCGUAAAGGUAUCCACUUUCCUUCCGAAUGCAUCUUCUACUUUUAUAAAGUAUUCUAAAUUUCGAGGAAUGUGUUUUCUACAAUGUAAUCUUACGUCUACUCAAAGUAGAAAGUGUAUUCAGCAUUUUUAUCAUUCUUCUAAACUUUUAGAAGUCGCCUUCUACGGAUAAGAAUACUUGAUUUUUUGCGAAAAUUAAUGAAAUUUCAGUUAAGAAAAUAUUCUAAAAAUCUCUUAGAAAUAUUUUAACUUUCUAAAACGUGUUAUGGUCGAUUUUACUUAAAAAUUUAAAAAAAAAACGAUUAUUCAUUCUCUUCUUCAUCAAUCUAUGGUUUUUCCAUAGUUUUUCUUUUGAUUCUUCUCACAAACUCUUGUUCUCUAUGAUGCAUAUCUAUACCUCUUUUUUUUUCGAUUGCCUUUCAACUGUUUUUUACCUUUUUUCCAUUAACUUUUUUUUUUAAAUUCAAAUUAACUUUUAAAUUAUGUUUAAUUAGAUUAAAUAUAGGGUUAGUUUUGGGAUUAUGAGAAAAAUUAUACUAUUGAGACAACUUUAUGUUGGUUUUAUACUAAAGGGACAACAACCUUGUUUUUUUGUUCUCUUUUAGCAAUUUUCCCUAGUUUAUUUUAUAUAUCUACAAAUUUUAGAAAUAUUGUUUAGUUUUACUUUUAAUAAUUUUUCAACUUUUAUAUCAAUUUUUUUAUUAAUUUUAUAUAUAUUGAUUUAAUAUAUUUUAUCCAAAAGAAACAUAUAAUUUUUUUAUCUAAGAUUAUAAUUUUAAAUAUAUAUACAUGUCUAUUCUUAAAUAUAAUUUAAAAUAAAUAAAAUUAUUUAUUUUAUCUUAAUUUUAUAUGUUCAACUAAAAAUAUUAAUAAGAAAAUAAUAAAAUCUAAAAUAAUAAAUUUUAUUUUAAAAUAUAAUUUAAAUUUAAAUUUAAAUUUUUUAUUACUGCACAUAUGCAGGAAAACACCUAAUGCUAUAUUAUAUACCUCAGUUUCACGUUGAAUUCAUUUUUAAUCGAUUAAGAACCAUACUUAAAAAUAGUUAAUAACUUGUGGUUCGCAUCCCUUUGCUUUAAAUUGAUGAUUUCAUUUUAGAUUAUCAAAGCUCGAGAAGAUAAUCAAUGUUUCUGUUCUCUACAGAUUUUUCGGACACAUGAUUGUCUGAACGUAACAUAGAUUUUGAUUAACAGAUACAUUACGUAUUAGACUCUUUGAAGCUAAUAGAGACUCUCAUCUAUUUACAAAAAAAAAUGCCGUGUUUAGAUACGCAAGAUUGGAGUUUAACUGGUCUCAUAGGCGCAUUUCUGAAUCUCACCAUAGCUUAUUUGCUUCUCUGCACAUCUCUUUUUAUACAUGUCGUGUUGAGAUCUCUAGGGCUUUUAGGUUUCUCUCUUCCAAGAUUCCACAACGGACGUUUCGGUGAUCCAAACAUGUGCAUUGAAAGGGAUCUGCUGGCUUGUGCAUCAGAGAAAAUCUCAUCCGUAGAUAGAUUGAUCAAAAGCAAGAUCCCUUUUGGUUCCAUUACUAGUGAUGAUGAUUCGAAACGUUUCGUUGAAAUGAAGCUGGUGAGAAAGAACAGUGGUGAUGUAAGUAAUGCUAGGGUUAAGGAUGAAACAGAGGAAGAUGCAUCAAGAGAUGAACAGAACGUGAUGAAUCUCAUGACCGUCCAGGGAGUGAAAGGUAAGCGUUUUGUUACACGAAGACCAAGAAAAGGUCUUAAGAACCCUAGGAGAUGCCGUGUGGAUUACGGAAGUCUUGGAUCCGUUUCUUCAUCAGAGGCUUUUGAUGAGACCGUUAAACAUCCUUUGAUGCAACCUUAUAAUAAUGUCUUUAUCAGAGCCAACGACGACCGCAAAGAUGAUGUAAAGACAGAAGAGAGGACUAGCCCGUCUCAUUGGCCGGAACUUGAAAAAACUGUAUCACUUAAUUCAUCAGCAAGUCUAUGUUUUGUUAGAAAUGUAGAGGAAAACUCUGUGAAGGAGUUAGAGGAAGCAUUGAAAAAAGAGCGAGCUGCUCGAGCAGCGGUUUGUGUUGAGCUAGACAAAGAGAGAAGCGCCGCAGCAUCAGCAGCUGAUGAAGCCAUGGCGAUGAUACAUAGGCUGCAAGACGAGAAGGCAGCGAUAGAGAUGGAAGCCAUGCAGUUCCAAAGAAUGGUCGAGGAGAAAUCUACGUUCGAUGCCGAAGAGAUGGUCAUACUCAAAGACAUUUUGAUACGUCGCGAGAGGGAAAAACAUUUCUUGGAGAAAGAAGUCGAAGCUUAUAGAGAUCUACUCGUUGAGGCAGAGGAAUCUGAAUGUUCUUUACCAAAAGAGAACCAAAACAAAGAACCACCUCAAGAGAGAAGAGCUUUGCUUGUUCAAGAACAUGAUGGAACGGUUCUUGACAUGCCUUAUAGGGAAGAUAAGAACAGAUAUUUGUAUACGUCGGAUUCAGAAGUUGCGUACUCACGUGUGCGUGAUGUUUACAUGGUGAAGGAAGAAAAAGAGAACGUGGGGAAAAAGAAGAAUUUAGAAGAAUCUUCGGCUAACAAUGGUUUCAUUGUCUCGGGGAUUGCUCGAAAGCUUCCUCCACUGUGUCGUCCACGCAAACAGUCGCUAAGCUCUUCUGGUUCAAGGAGGAAGUCAAUGUCUGCGGUUGAUUAUGAGAGGUUAAAGAUUGAGAAUGAAGUGGAACUGUUGAGAGAAAGAUUAAAAGCUGUUCAGGAGGAAAGAAAGGAGCUUACAAGACGAGCAUCUUUGCCUCCUUUAUCAUCAAAGGUUAGGGUUGCGUCAAAGAAUCGAGGUUGGAGAAGAUCUUCCGUGGACCUUCACUCUUCUUGAAGCUUUUUAGAGAUAUAUUGUGUGUGUAUAGUUCUGAUGAUCAUGUGUUUGUAUAUCACUAUGGUUAUACUGUAAU